UUGAUCCUUUGUUCACCGUUUCACUCCCUCACUCCACUCUUCCGCCGCGAAAGUUUUACUUUUUAGAAAAACCCAAAACCUCUCUCAGCCUCCAUCUCCGGCGAACAAAAACAAAAUGCUAAGGCUAAUCAUCAGAGCCGCAUUAACAAAUUCCCAACGCAACCCAAAACUAAACUCUGUAAUUACUCCUUCUUUAUCAUCACUCAAUCUCAAUCACUACUCUUCAAAAUCCGCCAAACCCAACAAGAAAAAUGACCAAAAAUCCAAGAAGAAACCCAAAUCCAAGAACCCCUCUGAAGAUUCCGCAUCAUCCACAGCCGACGAUUUCGAAGCCUCCCUCGUCGACGACGGCGUCACCCGCGCCCGCCGCCUGACGGAGGAUGAUACUGACCCUUCUCUUGAUCUGGGUCUUAAUGGCCGACCUCUGUUCACUCCUACUUCCUCGCUCUCUCAGCUCACUCGUAAAGACACCUGCACUUAUUUCAAGCUCAGUGAGGAAGGACUGAAUAAUGUGUUACCCGAGGGAUUGACAGCGGGUAUGGUGAAGGAGUUUGAGGAAUCAAUGCGAAGAGCUGUGUUGGUUAGGCAGAGUUUUUUGGAUAUUCGCGACAAUUUCAGAGGCGUUGUUGAUUCUCCUUUGAGUUCGUCUGAUGCUAAAGCUCAAAAACUGAGGAAGCAAAUUGUGUUGGAUGGUCCUGUUAGCUGUGGAAAGAGUAUUAUUUUAGCAAUGCUCGUGCAUUGGGCUCGUGAAGAGGGUUGGCUCGUAUUUUAUGUUCCCAGAGGAAAGGAUUGGACUCAUGGAGGAUUUUUCUAUAAAAACCCAAAUACUGGUCUUUGGGACACGCCUGUACAGGCUCAAAGUAUUCUCAAGGAUUUUCUGAAAUAUAAUGAGUCCCACUUGAAGCAUUUACCAUGUCACAUUUUGGAUCCUGUUCCACUGGGAGAGGGUGCUGGUGUUGGAUGGAUGAAAGGAGUUGAGUCCAUGCCAGUUCCAGAAGGUUCAACUUUAUAUGACUUGAUUCAAAUUGGAAUCAAGCACACACAUGCAGCUGUUGGUGCAGUAGUUCGUUUGAGGAAAGAGUUGUCACUCGUAAAAGAUAUCCCUGUGCUCAUUGCAAUUGAUCAAUAUAAUAACUGGUUUACAUUCAGCGAGUAUGAAGAGCCGGUGACCAUCCGUUCAUGCAGACCAAUACAUGCUAGAGAACUUGCAACAGUAAAUGCUUUUAGGUCAAUGAUGCAUGAUGACAUGAUGGUAGGUGCCUUUUCACAUUCAACUGCUGUUGGAAAGCUGCGCCAAGACUUGCCAGAUGUUCCUGCAGAUGCUCGUGUCAAUUUGCCUCGAUAUAGCAUAGAUGAAGCAGGCACUGUUUGUCAUUACUACCUCAGGCAAAGACUAGUACGUCGUGAAGCGUUUUCAGAGGAGAACUGGAAGAAGGUAUUUUACCUAUCCAAUGGAAAUGGAACAGAAAUGAGAUGGCUACUUCCGUUAAUGCGAUGACAUAUCAGAUACUGCAUUUAGAUACAUAGAAAGACAAUUUUCUCCGAUUCAAUUCUCCUAGUUUUGAAGUUGUUAAAUGUGAGGUCAACAUCUUCUGUUUUCAACUCCGAUGAGAUUAGCAAACCGGAAAAUCUGAAAUUUUUGCCACUUUAUUGGUUUACUAGGUCGGAAUCUUUCUUGCAGCCCAAGUAUGUAACUUGUGUAGAUCAGCUAGCAUUUUGUGUAUUUUUAUUGUAGAAGGUUGAUUUCUUGUAAUAAUGGUGAUUUUAUUUCUUAUGCCUAAAUUAUAGACCACCUCUUAGUCGGCA